UCGCAGUACCAUGUAAACACAACUGUCGCGGUUGGUUGUGGUUGUAUCUGUAGCUAGUAUUGCUAACAAAAUGAAGCUACGGCCUAAGUAAUUUAAUGUUUGAGGCGUGGUUCAAGGAUUGGUAUUAUUGUAAAAAGCCAACGAAGCGAUUUCUGCUUUUUGUGCCAUAGUCGAAUAUGAGAUAAAGUUGUUAGCAUUAGCUCGCAGUGACGUUAACAGUAGCUCAUAGCCAAUGAUAAAGCGUCUAGGACUGGCAGGUUAACUAGCUAGCUCGUCAACGUCCUAUCUUUUUUGCAGUGCAAUUGCCAGUUACCACCACCUAGAAGUGCCUGUGUUGGUUGUCCCUGUCGCUAUUAGUAUUGACAAGAUGGAUAACCGUACCAUAUAUUUAUUCCACAUAAUUAGCUAGCCAUGCAGGGUUAAUUUAACUAAGGUUACGGGCCUUCUACGGGCAGGAAACGAGCUACCUUAGCGACUUGUCGUUACCGUCAACUAGCCGGUGCGCUUGUUGUCUGAACAAAAUACAAAAGAAACUCGUCGUGAUUGACACAUGUUGACGGAAAGCAGGAAACGACAGCGCAGUGGCUGUGAUGAGGAGAGCAGCCACCUGGUGCCUCAAGCCAAAAGGCAGAGCGGAGCUCAUCGUCUCUCUCCUGAGCCAGGCAGAGAUGCCUGGGACUCUGAGUCAUCCAACAGUGAGAACAGCAACAGCAGCAGCAGCAUCAGCAGUCCAGAACAUGCAGCUGGGAGCUGUAGCAGUCAUUGUGCUGUAGGCCCCUACAGUCCCCUUUGCUUUUCCAACUCUUCAGAGCUUGCUGGCCCCACAAACCUAGUGUCGUACUUGCAGAUUAACCGCAUCCUGAAGGAAGCCCACUUCCAGAGUUUGCAGAGCCGAGGUCAACUCAGAGACACACGAUAGCCACCGGAUGACUGAUGCCCUGAAGCAUGUGAGAGCAUCACAUGCUGGAUGAUUUUAUUCAGCUCUUCUUCACCCAUCUCUAGUUAACAUGGUAUCUCACAAGUCUUCAUAGCUGUUGAUAAGGGCCAGCAGGAGUCGGGUACAUGAGGGGUUUCAUCAUUGAAAUUAAACAGUGAUAAUUAUUUCAGCAAUAAUGACCGCGUAAUCAACUUAAAACUUGUUUUGAUCCACUUGUCUGACUCACUAGAUGUGGACAGUUGGGAUGAACCAGCAGUUGGGCACAUAUUUCAGCCUUCCACUGUUUGUGUCGUUUUCAAAAUCCUCUUGACUGCACAACAAUACCAACCUCCGACAGGACAGGACUGCUAGGCUCUUUUGGUGAAUGCUGUUAAUAAUAUACAAAGGAUGUGCUUACAGCUUUUAACAGGGACGUCCUUGCAUGAUCCAGUUCUUGACAUCGGCCAUCAGAUCUGAUUUGUCACAUCCUUUUAGUGUGUCACUGGUGGUAUUUUUCACCAGUGAUAUUGACAUGACCAAUAUACUGAUCCAUUCCAGUUCACAUGAGCAUCUGUGCUAUCAAUUUAAUACACUUCUGCAAGAGUCUCAUACAGCUAGCAAAGCGACUGUGAUUUUAAUAAAUCCAGUGAGCUCCUCCAGUGCUAGUGUAUGGAUGUGCUUCACCUCUGUGGCCCCGAAUAUCAAAUUAUGUUUUUUUCAGUAAAAGUCAUAUCACAUUUAAAACAUGCUGUACGUCUGUUUUUGUGGCAUUUCCUUUUGCAGGGAAUUUGCCAUUUUGAUAAGUUCUCACUUUCCUAUGUGCAGAUGUUCCAUUAAAAUAACAGGACUGUGCAAGGAUGCAGUGAAAGAUGAUUAUAACUUACUUAAAGAAACAACAACAAAGUGGAGCAUUUUCCUUCUGUCCCACAAUGAUCCUGAGUGCAGCCUAACCAUUCUCUAGUGCUGACACAAAGCUGUGGAGAUAGAUAUGGCUGUGCGAGACAGUUUAUUUUUUGACCAGUCUGGUUUACGUGCUCCUCUGAGAGCCUUAUUAUGACUGACUGACUGAUGAUGACGAAGCACUGUCUUUUGUCUUAAACGGUUGAAUUUUAGGAGUGGCAUCGGUUUCAGGCCGGCCGGUGUGACUCGUUUAACUUUCUUGUAAAAUACUUGGGUUGUAUAAUACUGAAACAGAUGUCCAUGUAAAUGCAUGGACCAGUCUCAGGGAGGAUUUGCACUUGUCUUGGAUUGCUCAUUUGCUGUCAUAUUCAGACAGCAACUCCUUUACAGGAGACUGUAGAACCCACCGCUGUAAACUUGGCCAGAGAGGUUGUGUUUAGCUACUUAAUAGUUUAAAGUAUUUAAAAAUGUUGUCAAUUCAUUUCAGUUAAUGUAGUAGAGUAAGGCCAAAGAAAAGGUGAUUUGGUUUUUAGAAUGCAUCAUACUUUUUAUAGGAUUUUAGCACUCUCACAGGGAAUUUUUAAUAAGUUUUUACUUAAAAUAAUUUUCACCAGUGACUGCAGUUACUUGGGUGACAACUCUGGCACGCAUACUACGUAUUUAGUAAUUUGUAAAAUAUUCUGACAUUACGUUGAGAUGUUUUCUCAUUGGCCACAAUUCCUGCUGCAGAUUAAAAAUCUAUUGACAUUUGUUUUUUCUAGAAAAUUUCAUGAGCUUGUUGUAAGAAUCUAUUGUUACCUUGAGACCCGUACAUUUGUGAUAUGUGACACCCAUGUUUUCCUUGACUGACAUGGAAAUAAUCAGCACUGUUAAAUAACACUAGCUCUGUUUCAUCUACAGCAUACACACAAAUUUAACAGUAUUAUUGUAAAUUGAACCAGAAGAAAUUACAUUAGAAAUAAGUGUGAAGCGACAGCCAACAACAUGAACAUGAAACAUCAGGUGUAGAUAUGUCUUAUUGGUGUGGAUUAUAGAUGAUUACUACAGAUUGGGCAACGUUAAAAUUGGUUAAGAUAGAACAAACUUUUUUGUAUGACUGCACUGGUUAAGAUGCCAUCUGUGGUAAAACACCAUUAAAUCUACGACCCUGUUUUUCCUCAGUCAGUCUUCUUUCGUGGAUCUGGGUGCUGUUAGUUGUGGUUGUGACAUCUUGCUCUUUUUGGCCGGAGGAGGUUGCAGCACAGCAUUUAUGAACAAACAUACAUUCCCCAGGCUUGGCAAUAUUUCUAGAGCCACUAUAAUGCUAUUUUAUCUGCAAACAAUUCUAUUUUAACUCCCAGCAAGCAUAUGCUUGUGUACUACCAUUCAUGGGUGCUGUAUGAGUAUACUUGUGCACUAAGCAACCAGGUAGCUGUCCUGAUGUACUGUGGCAAGGCUCGGCCUCGCCUUCUCUUAAAGCGGGAUUGGUUUUAUUUGCUGAACCAUUGUCCCAGCAGUAAGCUCAGUCUUUAUUUUUUUAAACUGGUAUAUCAGAAUUGAAAAGCAAUUUAAAGAUGUGGUUUAUUUUGUUUCAAUUCUAUAUUUUUUUGUAUUUAGUAAGGUACAUGAUAUUAACCUAACAUAUUUUUUUUUCUUGUGAAUAUGCCCUCAUUUAAAAAUAAAUUUUUUUUGGACAAAA